UUUAAAUUUACGCACGCGCCAACAUAAUUAUGGGCGUCCUGGCAGCCUAUGUCAGCCUGUCAACCGACUUGUGGACAUUGCGUGGAAUAUAUUUUCACUGACGUUCCUAUUGUCUAAUUUCAUGCUGUCUAUAAUUCUCGUAAUUGAGCAUUUUGGCUCUUAAGUGCUCGACUGUCCUCGUAUCUGUUCAUAAUUAGACGUUUCUGCGUGAUACCUUAGUCGUAUUAGUUUGAAGCUUUCGGUAUGAGUGCUACCUUGAGCUCGAGGGCUGAACAAUAUUUCUACAGUAUAAACCCUUUGGCGCAAAGAAUAGGGGAAGACAUCACUGCCACAAAGGAAGCAUACGAGGGACUGUGGAACACGUUGAGCACAGCAGAGCGGAAUCAAGCGAUCAACGAGACUAUAAUUCAACCAGAGGUAGCGUUGAAGUACACCUUAAAGAAAGUAGAGCUUACCAAGGAGCUUCCAGAAUGGUAUCCAAAGCUGCGUAUUCAGACUGGCAUGAAGUACGUCAUCGACGAGACUGGUUCUACUUUACGCUGGAGAGAUGAACAUUCAGCUCCAUUUUCAUUUAUGACUCAGUCCCAAAUGAAUCUCAGCAUAAUUGAUUCGAACGAAGAUGUGAAAGUAAAAUUAAUAAGAGCUCAGUUUGGAGAAUCACCGCAUUUCUCAAGCCCAGCAAAAUCACAGAGAAACAAUGGAAAUUCGCUAGGCGAUCCUUACGCUUCGUCUCACCAAGUUGGUCGUUUCCAAUCCGAUUGUUUUUCGAGUAGCAUGUUUGAAGGUGAACAAUGCAGCAACUUGUUGAAAGGUAACGCCGACGAUCACUCUGAAAGUAUAUUUGCCAAGUUAAUGAAUAAAACGUCGUUGUUGAAGCUACAAAACACUCUAGCUGACGAUAUGGAGAGCUUAGUUAGGGAAAGAGAUUCGGAUACCGAUAAAAGUCAAUCGAAUACGUUAGUUGUUAUGUCGCGCACGAAAUCAAGCGAUAUCAACGAGUCGACCGCAUUGUUAGAAACGCCUAGUUCUUACAGUAGUUUCCAAUUUUCUCAACUAAAUCAGGAGGAGGAGGAGAGAACUAUACCAAAGACUGGUUUCGAAUUCCUCGAUAACUGUUCCUGAAACGAUAAACGCCAUGGUGGUACAGAUUAUUAUUGCUUCGGAUAAUAUAUUUGCUUUUAAGAUAUAGUUUCGAGUACCUAUAUAAUAUUAGUUAUGAUCUCAAAUUAUGAUAACUCUUCGCAAAUUAUCCUGGUAUGACGAGUGUGCUGGUUGCAAAGUAAGUUCGUAAUCUACGAGAAGCUAAGUAUAAUACUGAAAAGAACUAUUAGUCAGGGGUAAAAUAUGUGCAUAUCGAACGUAGUAAGGUUCGCAUACGGGGUGUAUGCAAUUUCUUUAUUGCUAUAACGCAAAGGUCAACACGAAUAUCGAUAAAAUUUUUUCGAUGUGUGUACAAUUGUGCGAGUGGAAAUAAUCGGAGCUAACGAACAAACGUAAGGCUUUUGUAGGAAUAUUUAGUAUUUUGAUAAUCGUUUUAUAUCCGUAUUUUUAUUUAAACGAAAUGUUUACAAAUUAAUAAUACAUCUCUUCCUAAGAUAAUACGAUUAAUUAUCUUCGUUUAGAACUUAGAACAAAUUCUCAGAUAUACAAAAAGUAUUUGACUAAAGACUGAAGAGGCUAUAUUUCAUUUGAUCACUAUAUUCACGUUGGAUUCAUCGUCGAUAUACGUCUCGAACAAUAGCGACAAGUUUUAUACGAGCAGCUGUUAAGGAUUAUAGUGCAUAUAGGAUUAUAGUGAUAAUUUUCUGGUGCAUCGUAAUUGUAAUACAUAGCAUAGGUAUUUUUGCAGCUUUACAAAUUAUUAACGAACAAACGUAACGAAACACAUUUUCGUAUCGAAACGUGUACGUGUAACGCAUAUGUGUGUGUGCGCUAACGUAUGUUGGAAUGCUCUGCAACGACAACUGUCAAGUCAUUUUUAUUAAAAGAAUAUGUAUGUAUAUAAAUGACACAGUAUUGAAGCAUUUAUUAACAAAAUA